CGAAAUUGUUACUGAGCAAGAGCAUGCCGGAACAGUGAGGAGCGGCAGGCGAGGGGGGAGUGAAUCAGGCAGUGGGCAGAGGGGGGGCAAGUGUCUUGUAGACCUGGAGCUUUGUCUGCUAUUUCAACAGAGCGUCUUGAUGAGUGGGUGAAUGUGCAGGGAAUUCUAACGAAGGCAAAGCGGCUGGGUGCAUUUCCAAAGCUCCUCCUGCGAUUAUUUUUUUGGGGGGCGGGGGGACACACCUUGGGUCCUUUUAAAACGCUGGAUUACUUGAAAUUACCACUAGUGACAGUAUUUCCAAGAGAGAGCCUUAUUAUAGCCCGUCAAUGUGCUUGUCAUUGGGAGUGAAUUGAAAUCUGGAGUUUCUGGUGAUCACGGGUAAGGGGUCUAGGAGUGCAAGAAGCCCUAGUGUAGCACCAGAUUGUGGAUGCUGCCUUUGGAGUCAUGGAUUGUUAUAUAAAGAUGAGUGGCUGAGUUCGACUCCUUGCUUGGAUACUAACGCAUACCGCCCCACCCCCUCGCUACUGAUCUUGCAGGCUGAAGGCACCAGUGCGCUGAUUAAAAACCCCGGGGGGUACGACAGAGAAGUUUCGGUGCCUGGAUUUUGGUUCUCCUCUUUGGUGGUUACUCGUCUGCAGAAUGUCAGCAGUUGCCUACAUGGAUUUUGUUGCUGCUCAGUGUCUGGUUUCCAUUUCCAAUCGCUCUGUGGUACAGGAACAGGGGGCUCAGGAUGCAGAGCUACUGAAAAUGCCCGAUGAAGAAGUGACCAGGGACCUGAAUGACCCCAGGGAUGCCUGGAAGGAUUAUUGCACAUUGGUCACAAUUGCGAAAAGCUUGUUGGACCUGAACAAGUACAGACCCCUCCCAACCCCUUCCAUCUGCAGUGACAGUGUAGAAAGUCCAGAUGAGGAUGUAGGAUCAGACAGCGACGUGACCACUGAAUCUGGGUCGAGUCCUUCCCACAGCCCAGUGGAAAGACAGGAUUCUGGCAGUGUGCCCAGCUCUCUCUCUCUCCUCCACAGUGGAGUGCCUGCAAAGGGGAAACUAGCCACUGAAAAGAGACACAAGUGUCCAUACAGUGGAUGUGGCAAAGUCUAUGGAAAAUCCUCCCAUCUUAAAGCCCAUUGCAGAGUGCAUACAGGUGAGCGACCAUUCCCGUGCACAUGGCCCGAUUGCCUUAAAAAGUUCUCUCGGUCAGAUGAGCUGACUCGACACUACAGAACCCACACUGGUGAAAAGCAGUUCAGGUGCCCUCUCUGUGAGAAGCGGUUCAUGAGGAGCGAUCACCUGACAAAGCAUGCCCGUCGCCACACUGAGUUUCAUCCAAGCAUGAUUAAGAGAUCAAAAAAGUCCAGCUCCACCUCAUUUUGAAUGAUGGACUGCACUGGGGGAAAAAAGACAUUGGUAAAGGCAUAACUGAUCAGCACAAGAAGUCUGCCACUGUACAGUUAAUAUUCCCUACUUGCAUUUUUAAAGCACAUGUAGCUGAAAUUUAAAAUAAAUAUUUUGUCCCCCGUGCUGAUAACAGUCUUAAACGAGUGACUGCUGAGUGAGGUUGGGGGCAGAGAUGGGGAUCAGAGUAGAUGAUUAAUUUCUUUUGUAACUUAAAGAAUCAACACUGGUGUAUAUAUGUCUGACUGGAUGGUCUGACCUGUGACUCCACAAUAGUGAUUCCAAGGUCUUUGUGAUUGCUGUGUCAUAAACAUGUUUUGUUGAACAAUGUAAUGCUGCUUGUAUUUAAAAUUUGUUUAGUAAAACCACUUUCCAAAUCACUUAAAUAAUUCUCAAGUAAAACUCCAUAGCACACAUUUUAGAAGUGGGUUCACUUCUAUCUCAGAAUGAUCCAUCAUUUAAAGACUGUUAAUACAUUACAUGUGUUACUAAUACCUGAUUGAUAUACAAAAGUAAGUUGAAUUUAUACUAAAGAAAACUGGGUCUAAUUUUUCUUUGUAUGAACUAUACUUUUGAAUUUUUUUUCCAAUAAAACUGUGUACAACUUAAGGUGAUACUUUAAGCAAAAAAAAAAAAAAAAAAGGCAAAACUCUGACUUUUUCUGAUAUCAUGUAUAUUUAGCUCUAUUAUUCAGUUACCAGAAAAAAAAAUAUAAGUCAGCCUAAAUAAUGUGGUAGGAGUAUGACAGGAGAAAUAUACUUCUCUGAAUUGUUCCUAUAAUUUCAUUUGACAAUAUAUACCGUACUGUACUAUAGAAAUGCCACUAACUGCUUUAUUCUGCUGUUUUAUUUGAAUGGAUGCACAACAGCAACUACCAUGUUUAGAAACUGCUGCUUUUUAAAAAAAAAAUUCUCUUCAUACACUUGCCUUAAAGAUUUAUUCUCUUCAUCCACUUGUCCAACUCCUAUAAAUUCCAGUGGGAGUUGUGUGUGCUAUGGAGAGACUAGAUCUUUCUUUAAGAGCUGUUUCCAUUAGCAUAGAGUGCUAAGUCUCCUUUAUCUUUUCAUAGCUGUUGUAUAGAGUUGAGGGGGAAAUCAUGAGAUAAUUAGAACUACAAUAAAGAAGGCAUGUCAUAUUAUUCCUUAUGACAUGAGCCUCACUCCUAGAUACCUUGUAUAGUACUUGUGUGUCAUAUACAACAUAUUUUAUUAUAAUGGCAAUAUUACAUUUAUUUAAAAGCUAUGAUUUGCUUUUUAAGAGGAGUUAAGACAGCAUUGAAGGAAAACUUAAGAUAAUUUACAUUAUCUGAGUUUUCAUCUUUGUUAAGUUAAAAGCAUGAACUUUAAAAAAAAAUGUAUUAAGGAUUUUUCCCUCUUCAUCCACUUGUAUAGUGGAGAAUUAUGUUUACACACUUUUCUUUCCAGAAACAUUCUUCUGGUCUUUUGUUUUUGCCCCUCCUUCAAAAGAAGGAAGGUGAGGUGCAGCCCUAUUACAGACAUCCAGGCCAAAUUCAUCUCUGAAUUAACCACAUUGAAGUCAGUGGUGUUACACUGGGGAUGUUAUUUGGGUCCUCUUGUAAAACUUUGUAUAUAAAAUCUUGUUAGUACACCUGCAGCUACAGUUCUCUUCUUAUUGUUUCACCUGAUAAAAAAAGCUUGCUUCCUAGAAAUAAAAAAAAUCUACUCAGAAGUAGAAUAUUUUCUUCUACACUUAUACCUGGCUUCCAGCUUUAGAGAUCAGUUUGUCUAUAGCAUUUUUACUUGUGUAGUUCAUUAGAAAUUCUGUCUAUGUGAAGAGAACUGCUUUUAAGGCAUUAGGGAUAUUGAGCAGUCUGUGGAAUAAAAAGGGAGGCGUUUUCUUCAGUGAAGACAUCAGGAAACCAAGCACACUUUCUACCUCCGUUUCAGCUUUUUGAAACAGUUAUUUUAAGAAACAAGCAUUAAUUUCUGGUGUCCAAAAUAAGUUGUAGGGACAUUUGUUCUUCCUAAUAAAAUAGGUAGCCUGGCUAUAUCUAUUGACCCAGUGUAAAAAAUGUAUUCUGCUUACCAGUACUGUAAUUGCUGCCUUGGGGUCAGGACCAUGUGGUAGCCCAGCAACUCACAAAGUAAUAUUUUUACACUCGUCCUCCCCUUCUCUAUUAAAAAAACACUUAAGAACAGAGUUUAGAGUCAGUUCUACAAUCCAGCAGCUGUUCUGUGUGUACUGUUGCCAUUAUGUGGGACAAGUGCAGUACUUAGCAAAUUAGGGACUGAUCAUGUGAGAUACUGAGUGUCCUUCCCUCCUACUGACUAUGUUGGGAGCUGUAGGUAAUCAGUACCUCCUAAAAAAUUAAAAA